UCAGUGGAGGAGCUUAGACUCUAUGGUGCGCUGUCUAGCCUAUGUUGUCUGUCUCUAUGGUGUUAGGAGGAGAGCCGGAGAUGGCGGAGGAAGAAGCUGGGCCGGGAGCGCAGAGCACUGAACCCGUGAUGGAAAACACCGAGUGACCGGCUGAGCAGAUCCGAUUUGUGGGGUGAUAUGGGAGACGCCAUGGUGGAGCCGGCCGCCGUCAAGCCUUCAGAGCAGGCGCCCCUGGCGGGCAGCAGCGCCCCUCUCUGCGUCAUUACAGAGGGGGUGGUGUCUCUGGUGAUAGACCCGGACGUGGCGCAGAAAGCCUGCGAGGAUGUCCUGGAGCAGGUGAAGCUGAUGCACAGCGCCUCCUCGGAGAGCCUGGAGAAACUGGGGGCCGAAGAGCAGACCACCAAUGGGGAGAGGAUCUGUGAGGAGGACGAGGCUGUGACGGACAUCAACAGCGUGAAGAACGCCCGGCGGAGGCAGAAGAAUAACUCGGCCAAGCAGUCGUGGCUCCUGCGUCUGUUUGAGUGCAAGCUCUUUGACAUUUCCAUGGCGAUCUCGUACCUGUACAACUCCAAGGAGCCGGGCGUGCAGGCCUACAUCGGGAAUCGCCUCUUCUACUUCAGGAACGAGGACGUGGACUUCUACCUGCCGCAGCUCCUCAACAUGUACAUCCACAUGGACGAGGACGUGGGCGACGCCAUAAAGCCGUACGUGGUCCACCGCUGCCGGCAGAGCAUCAACUUCUCCCUGCAGUGCGCCUGGCUCCUGGGGGCCUACUCCUCCGACAUGCACAUCUCCGCGCAGCGCUAUUCCCGCGGGACCAAGCUGCGCAAACUCAUCCUGUCUGAUGAGCUGAAGCCGGCUCACAAGAAGCGGGAGCUGCCAGCGCUGGGCCUGGCCCCCGACACCGGCCUGUCCCCCUCCAAGAGGACCCAUCAGAGGUCCAAAUCUGACGCCACCGCCAGCAUCAGCCUCAGCAGCAACCUGAAGAGGACGGCGAGCAACCCCAAGGUGGAGAAUGACGAGGAGGACCUCUCCUCCAGCUCGGAAAGCCUCGAUAGGUCCUUCUCCUCCCCUGUGCGGCUCGCUCCGGAGAGGGAGUUCAUCAAGUCUCUCAUGGCCAUCGGAAAGAGACUGGCCACCCUCCCCACCAAGGAGCAGAAGACACAGCGCCUCAUCUCGGAGCUCUCGCUGCUCAACCACAAGCUGCCGGCCCGCGUCUGGCUCCCUACGGCCGGCUUCGACCACCAUGUCGUGCGAGUGCCCCACACCCAGGCCGUGGUCCUAAACUCCAAGGACAAGGCUCCAUAUUUAAUCUACGUGGAAGUUCUCGAGUGUGAGAACUUUGAAACCUCCACGGUUCCAGCCCGGAUUCCAGAGAAUCGGAUUCGCAGCACGCGCUCGGUGGAGAACCUUCCAGAGUGUGGCAUCACCCACGAGCAGAGGGCAAGCAGCUUCACCACUGUGCCCAACUAUGACAACGACGACGAGGCCUGGUCUGUGGAUGACAUUGGGGAGCUGCAGGUGGAGCUCCCAGAGAUCCACACCAACAGCUGUGACAACAUCUCGCAGUUCUCGGUGGACAGCAUUACCAGCCAGGAGAGCAAGGAGCCCGUCUUCAUCGCUGCCGGUGACAUCCGGCGCCGUCUCUCGGAGCAGCUCGCUCACACGCCAACCACCUUCCGAAGGGAUCCCGAGGACCCAUCCGCUGUGGCUCUGAAGGAACCAUGGCAAGAAAAAGUCAGGAGGAUUCGCGAGGGGUCUCCCUAUGGUCACUUCCCUAACUGGAGGCUCCUGUCGGUCAUUGUGAAGUGCGGUGAUGACCUCCGGCAGGAGCUGCUGGCCUACCAGGUGCUGAAGCAGCUCCAGUCUAUCUGGGAGACGGAGCGCGUCCCCCUCUGGAUCCGGCCGUACAAAAUCCUGGUGAUCUCGGCAGACAGCGGGAUGAUCGAGCCAGUUGUGAACGCCGUGUCCAUUCAUCAAGUCAAGAAGCAGUCCCAGCUCUCCCUGCUCGACUACUUUCUCCAGGAACAUGGCAGCUGCACCACCGAGGCCUUCCUCACUGCGCAGCGCAACUUCGUGCAGAGCUGCGCCGGGUACUGCCUGGUGUGCUACCUGCUGCAGGUGAAGGACAGGCACAAUGGAAAUAUCCUCCUGGACGCUGAGGGCCACAUCAUCCACAUAGACUUUGGCUUCAUUCUCUCCAGUUCUCCCCGGAACCUCGGGUUCGAGACGUCGGCCUUCAAGUUAACAGCAGAGUUUGUGGAUGUGAUGGGGGGGCUGGACGGAGACAUGUUCAAUUACUACAAGAUGCUGAUGCUUCAGGGUCUGAUCGCCGCCCGCAAGCACAUGGAUCGCGUGGUCCAGAUCGUGGAGAUCAUGCAGCAAGGGUCCCAGCUGCCAUGUUUCCACGGCUCCAGCACCAUCCGUAACCUGAAGGAGCGAUUCCACAUGAACAUGACGGAGGAGCAGCUGCAGCUCCUGGUGGAGCAGAUGGUGGACGGGAGCAUGCGCUCCAUCACCACCAAGCUGUACGACGGCUUCCAGUACCUGACCAACGGCAUCAUGUGAGCGCAGACUGGCCGAGGGCAGAGACCACUAUGCAGCCGCCUCCUUCAGUAUUCCAGAUCUACAGUGUUCUGCCCCCCCCCCAUUAUAAUCUUCUGUUAUUACAGAGCUGGCUCCGCCCACCGCCACCUUCUCCCAAUCUCACCCUCGACAACAUUGCGCUGAUUUUUCAUUAUUUUUUUGGAUUUUUUUUUUAUUAUUUCCGUGAUUUUAUUGAGGGCAGAUAGACACCAAUUAAUUUCCAGAUCCUCAUCGUCCCCCAUAAGGUGUGUGCAGAGAGGCACCAGGACCCCCAUUCUUGGCUGCAGGGGUCACCACGCUCGUCUCUAUUUAGGGGUGGGAGGGGUCUUUUUAAGUCUUGGACGCUUUCAUGUUUACUUUGUAUUAAAAUGAGAUAA